AUGGACUCUGCUAUUUCAUCCGAACCCCCCUCGCGGUCUUUGAAAGGCAAGGUUGCCAUUGUGACAGGGGCAGGCUGCCUAGGAGAUGGAAUUGGUAACGGACGUGCUAUUUCUAUUUUGCUGGCCAAUGAUGGCUGUGAUGUGGUCUGCGUCGAUCUCAAUGUAGAAUGGGCAACUAAAACUACUGAGAUGAUCGCCUCGAAAGCCGGCAGAGGACGAGCCGUUCCAUUCCUUGCAGACGUGACAUCAUUGAAAGACUGCGAGGCCGUGGUAAAAUAUGCUGUGGAGCAGUUCGGACGUCUUGACAUUCUGGUUAACAAUGUCGGAAUUGGAGGCGCGGCGGGAACAGUAAUGGAGGUUGAUAUGGUCGAAUGGGCCAAGAGUAUGGAGAUCAACGUCGCAAGCAUGGUGCAGAUGAGCAAGUAUUCCAUUCCGGAAAUGAUGAAAAAUGAAGGAGAAGUUAAGGGGAGUGUCGUCAAUAUGGGCAGUGUCGCCGGUCUCAAAGGUGGGACGCCACAUCUACUGUAUCCGACUGCCAAGGGCGCCGUGGUGAACAUGACACGAGCAAUGGCAGCCCAUCAUGCGUCGGAUGGUAUUCGAGUCAACUGCGUUUGCCCUGGGAUGCUCUAUACGCCUAUGAUGUAUGGAAAGGGCAUGAGCGAGGAGGCACGAGAAGCCCGGCGGAAGAGAAGCUUGCUUGGAACCGAGGGAAAUGGAUGGGAUUGCGCUGGGGCGGUCGUAUUUCUGGCCGGGCCUCACGCCCGGUGGAUGACUGGAGUCAUUCUUCCAGUCGAUGCUGGAACAACGGCAGCCGUGGGCAUUGGAAUGACCAAGAGUGCUAGUGUAAAUGGCUAA